AUGGGACCUCCACGGCGCAAAGUGCUGGCUACAGCGGAAGAGACCCUCUUCCCCCCGGAUGAGCUGCAGCAGGGACAGCAGAUUGCCCGGGUGAUCAAGGCUGCUGGAAGCAACAACUAUGUUGUCGAACUGCCCUCGAAAGAAUCCGUCCUGGUGGAACUCCCGUCUCGCUUCCGUUCCACCAUCUGGAUGAAGCGUGGUUCCUACGUCGUGAUUGAUACCAACACCCUUCCAGACCGGGACAAUAAGCUCGCCGGCGAAAUCGUGAACAUUGUCCGCGACGAGAAAGCAUGGCGGAAAGCCCCGUUCUGGCCGAAGGAGUUUGUCAAGCAGGCCGCAGUGGUCUCAUCCGAUGAUGAGUCUGAUUCCAACGUUGGAAAGAUGCCUCCCUCAGACGAGUCAGAUGCGUGA